GUGUGUGCGGCCACGAUGACCCAGGCUGAGAAGGGUGACGCGGAGAACGGGAAGGAGAAGGCGGAGAGAAAGGAGAAGGAGCAGCGGGGCGUGAAGCGGCCCAUCGUGCCCGCGCUGGUGCCGGAGUCGCUGCAGGAGCAAAUCCAGAGCAACUUCAUCAUUGUCAUACAUCCAGGUUCAACAACUUUAAGGAUUGGUCGAGCCACAGACACUCUUCCUGCCAGCAUUCCUCAUGUCAUUGCGCGAAGACACAAACAACAAGGGCAACCCCUAUACAAGGACAGUUGGCUUCUAAGGGAGGGACUAAAUAAACCAGAAAGUAAUGAACAAAGACAAAAUGGCCUUAAAAUGGCGGAUCAAGCAAUAUGGUCUAAAAAGAUGUCCAAUGGUACAAGACGCAUUCCUGUGUCCCCUGAACAGGCACGCUCUUACAAUAAGCAGAUGCGACCUGCAAUUUUAGAUCACUGUUCGGGAAAUAAGUGGACAAACACAUCUCAUCACCCUGAGUAUUUAGUAGGAGAGGAGGCCUUGUAUGUUAAUCCACUGGACUGUUACAAUAUUCACUGGCCUAUCAGAAGAGGUCAGUUAAAUAUUCAUCCAGGCCCUGGGGGCUCUCUUACAGCUGUUCUGGCAGAUAUUGAAGUAAUAUGGUCUCAUGCGAUACAAAAAUACUUGGAAAUCCCACUGAAAGAUUUAAAGUAUUAUAGAUGUAUCUUGUUAAUUCCUGAUAUCUAUAAUAAACAGCAUGUGAAGGAACUAGUGAAUAUGAUACUAAUGAAGAUGGGCUUUUCAGGGAUCGUGGUCCAUCAGGAGUCUGUGUGUGCCACCUAUGGCAGUGGCUUAAGCAGCACGUGUAUUGUAGACGUUGGGGACCAGAAGACAAGCGUAUGCUGUGUGGAGGAUGGGGUGUCUCAUCGGAAUACUCGGCUUUGUCUGGCAUAUGGAGGAUCUGAUGUGUCAAGAUGUUUUUACUGGCUAAUGCAGCGAGCUGGGUUCCCUUACAGAGAAUGCCAGUUAACAAAUAAAAUGGAUUGUCUUCUUCUGCAACACCUUAAAGAAACUUUUUGUCAUUUAGAUCAGGACAUCUCUGGGCUUCAGGACCAUGAGUUUCAGAUUCGACAUCCUGAUUCUCCUGCCCUGCUUUACCAGUUUCGAUUAGGAGAUGAAAAACUCCAGGCUCCAAUGGCUUUAUUCUACCCCGCAACUUUUGGAAUUGUUGGACAGAAAAUGACGACUUUGCAGCACAGAUCUCAGGGCGAUCCUGAGGAUCCUCACGAUGAACAUUACCUGCUGGCCACACAGAGCAAACAAGAACAGUCUGCAAAAGCUACUGCUGACCGAAAGUCUGCAUCCAAACCUAUUGGAUUUGAAGGAGAUCUUCGUGGCCAGUCCUCUGAUCUUCCAGAAAGACUCCAUUCCCAAGAAGUAGAUUUGGGGUCCUCACAGGGAGAUGGCCUGAUGGCUGGCAACGAUUCCGAGGAGGCCCUCACUGCACUGAUGUCCAGGAAGACUGCCAUCUCGCUGUUUGAAGGGAAAGCCCUGGGCCUGGAUAAAGCCAUCCUUCAUAGCAUAGACUGCUGUUCAUCCGAUGAUACCAAAAAGAAGAUGUACAGCUCCAUCCUAGUGGUGGGAGGUGGUUUGAUGUUUCAUAAAGCUCAAGAAUUUCUGCAGCACAGAAUUCUCAACAAAAUGCCACCAUCGUUCAGGCGAAUUAUUGAAAAUGUGGAUGUGAUCACAAGGCUAAGGUAGGACAUGGACCCCCGACUGAUUGCAUGGAAAGGAGGGGCAGUGUUGGCUUGUUUGGAUACAACACAGGAACUGUGGAUUUAUCAGCGAGAGUGGCAGCGCUUUGGUGUCCGCAUGUUACGAGAGCGGGCUGCGUUUGUGUGGUGAAUGGGGAGGAAAUGUCACUGCUGAAGACCAAAAACAAGCUUCUUGGUAUAAAAGACUCUUACAGAAUAUAUGUAUUGUAAUUUAUUGGCCUAGAUGCUUAAGUGUCAUGGACAGUAAAUGAAUUUGAACUUUAUGUUGAGGACAUGAUACUGGUUUGAAAUUAUAAACUGCUUUUGAGCAGUUUGGUCAGGGCAUUUGAGAAUAAAUAGGAACUUACUCUUCAGUUGUAAACUCUCUUGCCCUCUCUCAGGGUCUCAUAAACUCCCCAGUGAUGUAGACAUUGCUAUUGAAGUUUCUCAUGUGGUGAAGCCCUUCAUUUAAGUUGGCUCGUUGAAUCUCAUCAGCAGGCAGCCUCAUAAAACCAUGAGGGGUAGUGUGUGACGAGGGAGAACUGUCCACUCAUGCCAUUCUCUCUCUUGUCUAGUAUUUCAUUAGGAUCUAAAGUUGUCUGAGUUAAAUGCACUUAUGAUAUGACUCAUAUGUCCUUUUAGAAUCCCAAAUAGGGGGAAAAAGUUUUGGUGGUUUUGGUUUUUUUCAUUUUCUGUUGGAUUACAGAAAAAGAAUGGGACCCAUUCAAGUCUCGAUUUCCAAAGGUAAAGAUGGAAGGCUGGGCAGACUAGCUUUUGUUAUCUGACAUGCCCUAGGGUGAGCUUGGAGGAAGAAAGAAAACAGUUUUUAUUUGGCCAAAACAGAACAAAUGCUGAAAAGGAAAUCUUGUUUUCUUCCUAAAGCUAAAUAGAAAUGAUUUGGGUAUAAUUAGAGUUCUUGUGUUAUACUGAUAAUGGUGACUGAUGUAGUUAUUAAUACUACAAACUUAGUCAUCAAGCCCCAAUUUUCCUUUACCUGAAGGAUUAAGUGAAAGCUUCUGGAGUUCAUGAUGUUCAGUAUGAUUAGUUGACAUUAACCUCUGAGCAUCCUGAAGCAAAAUCUAAAUAAUACAGCUAUUACCACUGGUGGUCCAGGCUCUAGUGAAACCCUCUGAGCCCAGGAGGAAGAGAAGGCAUUGUCCAGAGACAGGAACACAGUCUGGGAGCCCAGCGCUCUGGGAGGAGUGGGAAAAUGCUGCUUCCUGCUGCUUCCUCCUAGGCACCUGCUUCCGCCAUCUCGCUUAUCAAGGCUGGAGAUGGGGGUGAGACGGAAGGACAAAAGCAGGGAACAGGUAAGAGAUGGAAAUCAGAAUGGAAUACAGAAAAAUCUCUGGAUGUGGAGAAAUGCCGGUACUAGAGCAUUUUGUAUCAAUGGGAGUACCCUCUGUAACUGCUCAGUAGGUUACAAAUGAAGAGUCUACCAGUAUUAAAAUAGUUUAAACUUGCCAGUACCAACUGGGAUGUGUGCCUUCAAUUUGAAAAUUGUAUGUUUUAUUUUUUAAAUGUGUUAACAACAUUAUAGAAUAUUGAUGUCA